UUGAUUCAAAUAAGAGGCAAAGACAUUGUAAUAGCUAUAUCUAGCUAUUUAGCUCUAAAUGCUAACGAUAGUCCCGACAUCAUCCAUCUUUUGUGCCCUUUUUUGCAUCGUAUUAUUUCACUUAUCUCUCGUUCGUCUUCUCUCCUCCAGCUGGUGCCUAAACUGACCCGAAGCUUCAUGAAGGAAGGCUUUAUGGAGAAAACCGGUCCAAAGCACACAGAGGGCUUUAAGAAGAGGUGGUUCACCAUGGACGACAGGAGACUCAUGUACUUCAAAGACCCUCUGGACGCCUACGCCCGCGGAGAGGUGUUCAUCGGCAGUAAGGAGAACAGCUACACGGUGCUCUCCGGGCUGCCCUCCUCCACGCAGGGACACCACUGGAGCCACGGCAUCACCAUCGUCACGCCCGACAGGAAGUUCCUGUUCGCCUGCGAGACCGAGGCCGAACAGCGCGAUUGGAUAUCGGCCUUCCAGAGGGUCAUCAACCGACCAAUGAGGCCGCAGGAAUACGCAGUGGAGGCCCAUUUUAAACACAAGCCUUGAAGACUGCAGGAAGACGAAACUCAGCGAAGUCUCAUCAGAUCAGAGACAAUCCCAACGUGUGACCUGAGACCAUGUGGGGAGGAAGUGGGGAUAAGAAAAUGAAAAUAUAGAGACAAAGGGACUGGAGCCUAUCUGUGUGAAGAAAACUUGAACUCAAAUGGGACUGAAGGCCCAGAGGGUAGAUGAUGUCAUCACUACGCGCCUACCAAACUCGUGCUAAACAUUAACAUCCCACCUUUCCUCAGCCAUGUGGAUCAUUCCCUUUCUCUCGUCUGGUUCAUCCUACCUGUAAUCUAAUGUAAUUAUGUAAUCUAGAGUCAUUUCACUGGUUGCUUAUAACAAAGACAAUGCAUUGUUAAUUUAUUGAAUGUACAGUUUUGAUGACAGUGGCUUAAAAUGUGUGUGUGUGUGUGUGUGUGUGUGUGUGUGUGUGUGUGUGUGUGUGUGUGUGUGUGUGUGUGUGUGUGUGUGUGUGUGUGUGUGUGUGUGUGUGUAGUUUUCUGUUGAGGUUGCUGUGAGGUUGAACCUCUGGCACUGAGACCCUGUUAAAAAACCUGAACCUACAAAGUGCUGUUAACAACAAUUAUGCAUAAAAACACACACCUGAAAUCUCUCAGUGAUCACCGUGGCUGUUAAGGUGGCCGAAGGGUUCUUUAAAACCUCCAUGUUCUCUUAUUUAUUCGUACCGUCGGACAUAUCAUCGUUGUUGCUGCUUUUAAAAAGGAUUGUAAUGUGACAGGAUUGUAAUUUAUACAACACUUCUACUCUGCAACUGGUUUGUUUGACCAUCUGGUUUUGAAGACACGUUGUUGUGUUGAACUUUAAAUGACAGUGACAAGUUUGUUUCAUUAUAAAAAACUUAACAUGAAUACAGAUGAA